AUGAAUUAUUACAAUAUACUAGGCAUCUAAAAUAACUCAUCUGAAAAACAAAUCAAAAUUGCAUUCAGAAAUCUUGCAAAAAUACACCAUCCAGUAACUUAUAUGUUAUUAUUCAAGGACAAGAAUCCAUAAUCAGUAUAAUUUAGAAUAAUCUCUCAGGCAUACCGAAUCCUCUCAAAUCCUCAAUUAAGAAUACGAUAUGAUCAGGCUUAGAGACAAUAUGAAAAAUAAAUCUAAAUAUUCAAUUUGAUAAGAAAUUUUAUCAAUGCAAAUGACAAAAUACCUCUAAUUCAUUAAAAAGAUUUUGAAUCCAACCAAAAUGAAUCUAAGACUCUUGAUAUAUAAGAAAUUUAGAAAAAAAAGAUUCGAAAGACUUAAAAUUGA